GAGAACUCAAACUUUUAGUUCUUAGUGAACUAAAACUAAAACUUCGUCUAGCUCUCUGUGAACCAAAUCUUCAUCUAUUUAUUCUUGAUGAACUAGACCUUUGUCUAGUUAUUCUUGGUGAACUAUGUCUUCGUCUGGUUGUCUUUAAACUAGAACUAGAGCUUUUUUCUAAUGCA